AUGACAACUGAAGAUCAGACUGAAAUAGGGAGAUUACAAAACUCUGUACUGCAAACCAUUGAAACUUUUCAAUCAGCAAAUAAAUUACUAGAGUUGAAUAAAGAACUCUUGAACAAAAAUGAGCUUCUGACAGAAAAGGUGAAUGAUGUCAAAAAAUUACAACGAGAGUUCUUAUUGGAUUCUUUUCGUGUAAAUAGAUUUCAUAAAGAUUAUAAGGAAUGGGAGAAUAAGUCUAAAGAUACAUUUAUAGAAAAUGAGAUUAAAGGUUAUAAUAACAAGUUAGGUCAAAUGUCAAGAUUGAAUUUUGAAACAGAAAAAUUGGAUAAAGAGUAUGAAGGUUUACGUGAUACAGUUAAAUUACCAGAAUGUCGAUUAUCUAUCCAAACUAUAAAACUCUAUAAUGAUGGUUUAUUAUUAAAAUAUAUUGAGAAGAACUCAGACGGAGAAUAUCCGCAAACUGUUGACAUAAGUGAACUAUUUUCACUCGACUCAAACUCCAAGUUACCACAGCCAGAUUUCACUGUAUUUAAUAGGCUCCUCAACAUAGAAUACAAGCUUCGUAUUCAAAGGAAAGUGAAAUAUGAGAUUCUUUUAUCGGUCAAGCAACAAUUGACUGCAAAGAAUAAGAAAUGGUCUUCAAGGGAUUCAGACUUAAACUACUUUAUGACCAGAAAAUUGGUAGACAUCAUGAAUGAAGUAGAGAAAGUGAGAAAGAGUGAGUAUGAAGACUUGAAGGACUACGAUUACUACAAUAAUGAAGAGGAAGAAGAAGAAAUGAGAGAACAAGAAUUUGAAGAUGAUGAGAGUGUGGAUGAAAACCAAGAUGAGGAUGUCUUGGACGAUGAUGAGAGUGAUAAUGAAAACAAUAACUCUCAAACAGAUAAUCCAGAUGAUGCUGUUGGUGAAACUGAUAUUGUUGGUGAAGAUGAUACUGCUGGCAGAGAAAAUGAAAGUGAUGUGAUCGAGAACCAAAUGGAAAUGUCGGAAGAACAGCCAUCUAAUGGUCAAUCCAACACCGACAUCGAAAACGAUAUAACGGUGGAGAAUUCCCCUGAUUUAGGCGAAAAAACUCCAACUGUUGAUCCUGAUGAUAAUGACGAUGUCAUGAAUAUUGAUUCGUAA